AUGCCUACCUUGAUGGAUCUUCCCCAGGAGAUCCGUGCCAUGAUCUUUGAAGAUGUACUCCAUAGCCAUCGCACCCCACCCAUGUAUCCAUCCAAAUUGAACAUGGUGGAUUUUCCGGACAUGCACUACAAAGCCAAUAUAGAAGCUCUUAGGCCAUAUCACGAACAGCGUGAUACACAUAGCCCUUCCAACAGUCUCCCUCUCUUCUUGACAAGCCGUCAAGUGUCGAUGGAAACUCAGUCGGUUCUCAGUCGAAUGAGGAAAACUACCUACGUCCUUGAUAUCUCAGUCCUGAAUGACCAGGAUCUGUUUUCGACUUGGAUCUCAGUCCCACGGCUUACAACCCGUCUAUCGGCACUCCAUGUAGACAUACGUCUUUUCGGACAUAUCAUCACCACCAAAGAAGCGCGUGAUCAAAUGGGCUGUGGUGGUCGCUACGGAUUUCAUUGGUCUUUUUACGCCCUGCUGGAACGAUUCCUACGGUAUGGACCAGUUGGCGCGAAGAAAGGCCGCGAAAGCGACUACGGAAAUCCCUCCUACAAGAACCGUCAUAUCUCUGUUGGAAAUCUCAUCCUCGACUUUCACUCGGCUGAGAGGGAGCAAAUAUACCCCCCUGGUAAGGUGGCAUACAGCGCGUGGGUGGGUAAACACCAUGGCUUAGCCUGGGAUACCGAUGGAGAGGUGGACCAGGCUUUGUCGUACAAAACACGUCCGGGGUGGCUUAUGCGCUUUUUGGAACACUGGUUGAGAUAUAUCACUAAUAUGAGCUAUCACGCUGCGAGUUAUGGGGCAUUUAUCUAUGAGGAAAUCGGUGCCAUCUCCUUGUUGGUGGAUGGACAGCUACGGGUUACCAUGAAUCCUGCGGAUCAACUGGCCAGGUUGCACUUUGAUAGACCAGCUGAUACAAUGGGGCAUCUGGCAUCGGAGACUCGAUUGGCUGAGUUUUUUGAAGUGGAAGAAAGCGACACUGCUGAAAAGGGAGGUUCUUGGAUUCCCUGUUGUGUGGCCACAGGACAUAGAAAGGGAGUGAUUAGUUGGUUCUGGGUUUGA